AUGUCUUCAAUAGAAGCCUCUGCCUCUCGGGCCUUGUUCCUCUCCUCCGUCAUGCACAUCCUGCACCGGACGGUCCGCAGCACUGGGAAAUACGCUUCCGGCAGCAACGCCGCCUCGUCUCUUCACAUCGGCUUCCACCUUUUGCGUGUGCUACGAGAUGUGAUUGUACCUCUGAUCGACACGUAUGGGGCAGUAUCAUGUUGCCGACCGCGUCCGCAGCGGGGUUUCUCGACACGGCGGUGCCAGGAGACGGUGGCAUCUCAAGACGGCAAAUCCCUUCCCCUCAAUUCACGGGUCAGGAAUGAGGGCCAGGCCAGAUGCCGGGUCGUCCGACCGUGCGAUGUAAUUCUCCCAGACAUCGUGGUCCGGAUCAAUGUCGCUGCCCUCGCCACCGUGGUCAGUAGUUUGCACUACUGUCUACUGCCUUCCACGUUCAUGCGGCGCUUUGCUUCAAAGCCCUAA